AUGGGUAGCGUGAAAAGAGCGGCGAAAAUGGCGCGGAGGAUAAGGACUAUUAAACCGACGGACAGUAGAAUAAAGGAAGAAAACAGAGUGAUUCGUAAGAAAAAAGAAGACGAACAUGAACUAAAAAUUAAGGAGGCGCCAAAAAUUUCAUCAGCAAUGUUCUUAAAAUAUAACAACCAACUAGGCCCCCCAUUCCAUGUUCUCGUGGAUACCAACUUUGUGAAUUUUGCUGUAAAAAAUAGGAUAGACGUAAUUCAAGGAUUUCGGGACUGUCUUUACGCUCACACGAUUCCUUAUGUAACGGAUUGUGUCAUGGGAGAACUCGAAAAAGCCGGUCGUCGGUUCAAGAUUGCGCUGAAAGUGAUAAAGGACACUAGGUUCCAGCGUUUGAAGUGCGAUCAUAGAGGGAUAUACGCGGACGACUGCCUUGUUCAACGGGUUACUCAGCACAAGUGUUAUAUCGUGGCAACGUGUGAUCGAGACCUAAAACGGAGAAUACGGAAGAUUCCCGGUGUCCCGAUUAUGUAUAUUCUUGGGCAUCGAUUCUCAAUUGAGCGAAUGCCGGAUGCUUACGGUGCUCCGAAAAAUUGA